AUGGAUCAUACGUUUGGCUGGGAUUACGGGGACUCGGGUCAGGACAGUAGUGGCGAACACCACAUAUCACCAUCAUAUUCAUACCCAGAGCCAAACAGGUUUGAGCACCAGAUCCAGCGGCUGGAGCUGGCCAUCAAGCGCCGGGACGCCUACAUAGACCGACUGGAGCGACACCUGACUCGACUGCAGUACUAUCUGCGGCAACGGGUGACCGGCGGUGACCACAACGAGGACUCCGAGUCGGACAGUGCGGCGACGAACUACGCCGGGCUGAGCACUAAGCGGGUAUACCCUCACGACACGGGCAAAAAGAUGACAAACGACGAGAUGAUGGCCGGACUGUUGCCACAGGUGGCCGCCCGGAGCAAAGACUUUUCAUGUAUGAAAUCGUGUAAUUACCUGAAGAAUGCCAAACAGUCGAAAGACUCUCUGUCCCAAUACAUGUAUCUAAUGAUAUGCGCCGAGGGCUGCAAGAAGACCAUACCCUGUCUGGAGGAUAGUUACUGUAUGCCCGUCAUGAAAGAGAACCCUGAUUAUUUUGUUCAAUGCGUUAAUGGCUGCGAACUCUUCAAGAUUGCACCAAAAUUGGAUAACAAUUGGUUAUAA